UCAACAACAACCACAUCAAAUUUCACGGCCUAUGCAACCAGAUCUAGGUAUAACUCUUGGCAGAGGAAGUCCUCAAGGUGGUCAAAAACGGAAAGGGAGAGUAACUAAACAACCAAAAUUACCUAAGUUUAAAAAUGCCAAGACCCAGCAUCAAACCGCUAUACACCAACAACACACUGUACAUCAACUACAACCAUCCAUACCUCAAGCGCACGCCGAAAUACCUCAGCAACACCUCCCAAUACCUCAACAACACUCUGAUAUAACUCAACUACCUCCCGCUAUUCCUCAGGAACACCCUGCCAUUCCUCAGCAACAACAUGCUUUACCUCAACAACAACAUGCUUUACCUCAACAACAAGCCAAUAUAUCUCAACAGCAACUUUUUCUUAUAUCAUUUGAUCAUCAAAAAGGACAAAACGAGUUGAGACAACGAAUGACAGAAUUUAUACAACAAAUACCUCGAAAGUUCCAUCGGGCAAUGACUCGAUAUAUGGAAGAGCUUCUUACGUAUUUACCAAAUCCACAAACGCAACAUCCAACCCUGACAACGCUUGAAGGUAUUCAACAUGUCAUGUCAGGUAGGAAUUUAAUAAUUCCGACUUUAUAA